GAACCAGAGAGAGCAGCCUCCACCUCCAGCUCCAGCUCCAACACUACGAGCUGCGGUUCUGCCUUCCGCGCGCUUCCCUGGGCAUGGCUGAACCCGAAGUGGCUGUGGUCACAGCCGCAGCGAUGGAGGCAGAGGCACCGGCAGCCGCAGCGAUGGAGGCAGAGGCGCCGGCAGCCGCUGGUCUGAAGAGGGAGGGGGAGGAAGUAGGUGAUCCCGCCGUUGAGGGCGGCGAGGCGGCGGCGGCCAAGAAGCCGAGGGUGGAGGGGGACGCGAAAGAGGAGAAGGAUAGGGAGGAGGGGAAGGCGGUGAAGCUGGGGCCGAAAGAGUUCGCCUCGGCCGUCGAGAUGUUCGACUACUUCUUCGCCCUGCUCCACUCCUGGGCGCCGCAGCUUGACUUCAAUAAGUAUGAACACAUGGUGUUGGAGGACCUGGUGAAGAAAGGCCACGCUGAACCCAGUAAGAAGAUUGGGCCAGGAGUUGAAGCAUUUGAGAUCCGCAACCACCCGGUGUGGCAAAGCCGCUGCUUCUUUGUUCGUAGAGUUGAUGGAUCUUCUGAUGAUUUCAGCUUCCGCAAAUGUGUCGACAAUAUACUGCCUCUCCCUGAGGACAUGAAGAUUGGCAAUGGCAAGAAGUCCAGCGGCCACCACAAGGGUGGCGGGGGCCGAGGAGGAGGACGAGGAGGGUGGCGUGGUGGCGGGCGCGGUGGGCGUGGCCGGGGCAGGAGAGGCGGGUAGGAGUUUAAUAAGCCCCGCAAUUUUGCCGUGGUCCAUGACAAUGAAGGGCAUUUACCUUAUUUUACUGGAGUUUGUUUACCUGUCCUAAAGACCGAUGCCGACUUGUGUACCUUGAAACUGAGAUAUGAUCCAUGCCGAAAGCUUGCCCCAUGCUGUUCUUGA